GCGAAGUCCAUCUCGCGACUGAAAUCGCGACCUCGCUCCUUCCCCCUCCUCGUCCGUACCGUCAUGCUCUUCGCCCUACCUCUGGUGGGCGUAGCCCUCACGGCGCUCGCCAGCGUUGCGCGCGCCGAUGUUGCCUGGGACGCGAAGCCGUUCAACCCGCAUUCCAUUCCUCUUGCAGUACGCAGCCCGUAUCUAUCGGCUUGGCUUCCGCAAGGGGCUGGCAAGGCCCUAAAUGAAGAGUGGCCGGCCUUCUGGACUGGAUCACCCCUCGGAUGGGCCGGGUUCGUCAAGGUUGAUGGCAAGGCGUACAGUUGGCUCGGCAACGGAAACGCUGGCGAUGCGACCUUUGAGCAUGCAUCGCAAAAGAGCUCCGAGUUCACCGCCACCCAGAGCACAUUUGUGCUUUCUGCUGGUCCGGUAGACCUGACCGUCAACUUCCUGAGCCCAGUCGAGCCCACCGACCUCGUAAAGGGCUCCCUCCCCUUCGCCUACGUCGAGGUCUCUGUUCAUGCCACGGACGGAGCCGCCCACCAGGUCCAAAUCUACUCCGACAUCAGCGCCGAAUGGGUCUCUGGCGACAGCUCCCUCCAGGCGACGUGGUCCACCCGCACUGGCGACAUCAUCACCCACCAAGCACAGCUCAAGGACCAGGCAGAGUACUCGGAGAACAACGACCACACCCAGUAUGGAUCGAUCUACUACUCGACGCCAUGGUCAAACAGCGCGACCUAUCAAACCGGCGCCGACGUCGCCGUCCGCGCCCAGUUCAUCAACAACGGUGUUCUUGCAAACACAGAGGACACCAACUUCCGUGCUAUCAACGAUAACUGGCCCGUUUUCGGCCUUGCGCACGACCUCGGAAGCGUCUUCGACGACUCGGUCCUCUUCACCAUCGGCCACGUCCGCGACCCCGCUAUCCAGUACGCUACUGCGGGAAACGUCCUCCAGGACCGUUCCCUCUACGCAUGGAGUGCCUACGGGUCCGUCGAUGACAUGAUCUCCGCAUUCCUCGGCGACUACUCCAACGCCCUCGCCAGCGCGCAGGCCUUCGACGCCAAGCUCCAAUCGGACGCAUCAGCCGUUUCCGACGCCUACGCCGCCAUCUGCGCGCUCUCCAUCCGGCAGGCCUUCGGCGCGGUCGAGCUCACGAUCUCAAAAAACGGCGACGGAUCGUGGAAUACGGACGAUGUGCUGCUGUUCAUGAAGGAGAUCUCGAGCGAUGGGAACAUGAACACGGUAGAUGUCAUCUUCCCGGCGUGGCCGAUCCUCCUCUACACUAACCCGGCACUGGGCAAGUACCUCCUUGACGCGCUGUACCGCUACCAGGAAAGCGGCCUCUACCCGAACAAGUGGAGCAUCCACGACAUGGGCUCGAGCUACCCGAAGGCUCUCGGCCACAACGACGGGAAGGACGAGGCGAUGCCGGUCGAGGAAUCCGGCAACAUGCUCAUCAUGGCGCUCAGCUACACCCAGAAGACGGGCGAUCUCUCCAUGAUCCAGGACCAUUCCGCCCUCCUCGACCAAUGGACGCAAUACCUCAUUGAGGACUCUCUCAUCCCGGGGGACCAGCUCAGCACGGACGACUUCGCCGGCCACCUCGAGAACCAGACGAACCUCGCGAUCAAGGGCAUCGUCGGCAUCGGCGCCAUGGCUGAGAUUGCAAAGCUCCUCGGCGAUGAUGAUAAGGCGAACAACUAUAGCUCAAUUGCGAAGGACUACGUGAGCAAGUGGCAGACAUACGCCACGGCCUCCAGCGGCGACCACUUGACGCUGCAGUAUGGUCAAGACGAUACGUGGGGUUUGUCCUACAACCUCUUCGGCGACAAGCUGCUCGGGCUUGGGCUUUUCCCCGACUCGAUCUACGAGAUGCAGACGGCUUGGUACGACAAGGUCAAGGCUCAGUACGGUGUUGCGCUGGACACGCGUCAUGGCUACACCAAGUCUGACUGGGAAAUCUGGACCUCGGCCUGGGUCACCGACAACAGCGUCCGCGAUACAUUGAUCCAGGGUGUCUACGAUUGGGCUUCCAGCGGAUUGAGCGAUGAACCCUUUGGUGAUUGGUACGAGACGGCCGACCUCAAGGCUGACGGCUUUAGGGCCCGCCCUGUUGUCGGUGGCCACCUUGCACACCUAAUUCUGUAACAAGGGACUAAGCUCUCCUACUUUGUAGUAGUAGGGGCGGAUCUGUGCAUUUCCGUCUAAUCAGGCACAUGGGACUCGUAUUUAUUCAGGCUAUAUACUAACUUCGGUACUUGAACCCGUGUAAGGAGCUUCUUCUCUGUC